AUGAACGCCCCGGGCCAGGGCUUCCCUCUGGAUCUCGGAGGAAGCUUCACGGAGGACGCCCCGAGGCCCCCGGUCCCCGGUGAGGAAGGGGAGCUGAUCUCCACAGACCCGCGCUCCGUCGUUGGCCAUGGUUUUUACCCUGGGAAGUGCGAGGUUCUCAAGGCGGAGCCCUCCACCGCCACUCCCCGGCGCCCUGACCUGGACCUGGGCUACGAGCCGGAGGGGAGCGCCUCCCCCACGCCCCCCUACCUGAGGUGGGCGGAGUCUCUGCACUCCCUGUUGGACGACCAGGACGGGAUCAAUCUGUUCAGAACCUUUCUGAAGCAGGAGGGCUGCGCAGACCUGCUGGACUUCUGGUUCGCCUGCAGCGGCUUCCGGAAGCUGGAGCCCUCAGACUCCAAUGAGGAGAAGCGGCUGAAGCUGGCCAAAGCCAUUUACAAAAAGUACAUCCUGGACAACAACGGGAUCGUGUCGCGGCAAAUCAAACCGGCAACCAAAAGCUUCAUCAAAGAUUGCGUCAUGAAGCAGCUCAUUGAUCCUGCCAUGUUUGACCAGGCCCAGACAGAGAUCCAGUCCAUGAUCGAGGAAAACACGUACCCGCUGUUCCUUAAGUCGGAUAUUUAUUUGGAAUAUACAAGGACCGGGGGGGAGAGUCCUAAAGUGUACAGCGAUCAGAGCUCAGGGUCUGGGACGGGGAAAUGCCUGUCGGGCUACUUGCCUACCCUCAACGAGGAUGAGGAAUGGAAAUGUGACCAAGAGGCUAAGGAGGAAGCCGGUCGUGAUUCAGUCCCCUCCAGCAGGCUCACCCAAAAGCUGCUGCUGGAGACGGCCCCUCAGCGCGCAACGCCCUCAAGACGAUACAGCGAGGGGAGGGAGUUCAGGCACGGGCCUUGGAGAGAGCCGGUGAACCCUUACUACGUCAACACUGGCUACGCCCUGGCCCCAGCCACCAGUGCCAACGACAGCGAGCAGCACAGCAUGUCCAGUGAUGCCGACACUAUGUCCUUGACCGACAGCAGCAUAGAUGGGAUUCCGCCAUACCGACUCCGAAAGCAGCAUCGCAGAGAGAUGCAGGAAAGUGCCAAAGCGAAUGGACGUGUGCCACUACCUCACAUUCCUCGUACAUACCGAAUGCCAAAGGAUAUCCACGUCGAACCACAGAAGUUUGCUGCAGAACUGAUAAAUCGGCUGGAGGAAGUCCUGAGGGACCGGGAAGCAGAGGCCAAACUGGAGGAGCGCCUGAAGCGCGUCAGAGCGGAGGAAGAAGGCGAUGAUGCAAAUGUCCCCAUGGGCCCCUCCCUCCUGAGCCACAAGCUGCCCCCCACGCAGCUCCUGCCCCACUUUGCCCCCCGCUAUGCUGAGAUGCAGCUGAGGGACGCUCACGAAGAGAACCCGGAGAGCAUCCUUGAUGAACACGUUCAGCGCGUCAUGAAGACGCCCGGCUGCCAGUCGCCAGGCCCUGGCCGCCACUCCCCCAAGCCCCGCUCGCCUGACAGCGGGUUGGCCGGGAAGCUGCUGCACGGUGUGGCAGGGACAGUCCCGCCAGGGCACAGCAAGCACGCGGCCAAGGGCGGGCUGAAGCUGGAUGCCGCCAACCUCCACCACCACAAGCACGUUUACCACCACCUCGUCCACCACCACGGCGCCCUCAAGCCCAAAGAGCCGCCGGAGCUGGAAGCCAGCCAGCGGGUGCAGGGCAGCUUUGCCUGGAACGUGGACGCUCACAGCUAUGCAACAAAAGGGCGGGCCUACGGAGAAGGCGUCGGCAUGGCCCCCACGCCUGUGGAUUCCUUGGGCCACAGUGGGAAAGCCAGCCUGCUCUCAAAAAGAAACACCAAGAAGCUGGAGGCGGGGAAGAGUGAGGCUGCCGGCUACGACAUGUCCGGGUCUCCGGAGGACGUCGAGAAGAACCACAAGAUCAUGCAGUGGAUCAUUGAAGGCGAGAAGGAGAUUAGCAGGCACAAGAAGACGACUCAUGGGUCUUUGGCUGCCAAGAAGCCACUGAUGCAUGAGGUACCCCGCCCUGCCUCCGUCGAGCGCCCCGUGGCCGUGCACCCGUGGGUCAGCACCCAGCUUCGCAACAUCGUGCAGCCAUCGCACCCCUUCGUCCAGGACCCGACCAUGCCCCCCAACCCGGCCCCCAACCCGCUGACCCAGCUGGAGGAAGCCCGCCGGCGGCUGGAAGAGGAGGAGAAGCGGGUCGGCAAGGCGGCCGCCAAGCAGCGGUAUGUGCAAGAGGUUAUCCAGCGUGGUCGCUCCUCUGUCAGGCCAGCUUGUAUGCCAGUGCGGAACGUGGUACCCGCCGUCUCCGACCUGGAUCUCUCCGAGUCCGAGACGAAGCCCCAGAAAAGGCCGGGCGGCGGCGGCUCUUUGCAUCAGCAGCAUCCCUGGGAGAGCAUCGUGGUGGCCUACUACUUCUGUGGGGAGCCCAUCCCCUACCGCACCCUGGUCAAGGGCCGCGUGGUGACCCUGGGGCACUUCAAGGAGCUGCUCACCAAGAAAGGGAAUUACCGGUAUUACUUUAAGAAGGUGAGCGACGAGUUUGACUGCGGCGUGGUGUUUGAAGAGGUGCGCGAGGACGAGGCCGUCUUGCCCAUCUUCGAAGAGAAGAUCAUUGGCAAGGUGGAGAAGAUCGACUAGCCCCAGAGGAACAA